AGGCAGCUUCCGUCUCGGGUGGAUAGACACUACACACACAUACAUAAGAGACAGUGUUCAUCUGACUCUCAUACACGUAACAUCCCUGCGUACCAUCUUCACUUGUCCUCUCGGUUCUAUAUACACCUGUUACCGGCACUUUCAUCUAUUCCUGCCCUUUAAUUAGCACACCUGAGGCAAAAUGGCAGGUGUGGGAGAGGCGUGGCGGCGUGCUAAUCACCACCUCGGCUUACACCUGCCGGAGGGGCCAUGUGGAGCGGCCUGGAGGAGCUUCGCUAGUGAGUUAUUCAAGCAGGUGGAAACGUGGGAGGAACAAGAGAGGAGGAAUUUCCGCCCGCGUGCCUGGGACUUCUGCAUUAUUCACUCCAAGCACCCAGCCGACACGGAGCGCGCCGCCAGACUGAGAUCCCUGCUGGAGACUUCCCUGGGACUAUACGGGCGCAUAUUAGGGGAUGUCGAGGCCGGGGAAUGCACUCUGGAGGCGGCCGAGGAGAUGGUGGAGGGGAGCACAAAGGUCUUCAUCCUGGCCACUGAACACAUGAACAGAAUUGACGUGCCCAAGUAUAUCUUCCAGGAGGUAUUAAUGGACGAAAUCUGGCAGGAGAGGUGGAGGUGCAAGAUCAUCCCUCUCGUGGAAGGGAGGCGCAGCAGACGGCCCUUUGGCACGAGAGGGAUCAAAGAAAUUGUCUUAGGCGACGAUCCCGCAACUGCUGAAAAGAUCAGCAGGGAGAUGUCAGUAGAGGCCCAGAUGGAGGUACGGGCAGCCAGACACCGCGCAGAGGACAUCCACCAUAGGCGACUGGCGCGUCUGAAGGCCUCCAGAUUGCAAGAGAUCCGCGAAGUGGUGGCGGGACUUCGGCAGAACUUCGGCGACGAGCACGACCCAACCUCACAGCUGGACCAGGUCAGAAUGGCUGGCCUGGCGGCAGUGAAGGCAAAGAUCCUGGCCGGCCAGGUGGUGGGUCUCCAGGACGAUGUUAGAAGGAUCGUGGGAGCUGCAUCUAGUAAUGGGGAGGGGCAGCUGAUUAUCCGGACCUGCUCGAGAUUCGUCUACGACAACCAGAGCCUUAAGGAGCAGCAGUUCUCGGCGGUGCUGGACAUCGUCAAUAUCUGCAUCCAGCACCACCAGCAACACCUCACUGCCGACCCUUUCUUCAACCUCCGCUCCAUGCACUACAUCUUCCUCUUGGCCGUGCGGAGAAAAGAGCUCCACCAGCACCUUAUGGGCCUGGCCUGCAGCACUGAGCCGUUUAUUGAGCUGUGUGACGCCAGCAGUGGGGACGCACAGAGCAUUGUCAAGCAGAUGCACCAGAUGCUAUGGAACACCAGCCUCACCAGGUCAUCCCCCCAUGAGGCCCUCACCCUACAGAGGCUUUCCUUCCAGUGCUCCCUGGCCAUUGGUAACAGUGUGAGUCAGGUGUGUGAUCAGGCAGUCAAAGCGCAUGCCAUAUACGAAAACGCCGAGAAACCUGCUGAAAAGUCUGCUGAGAACUCCGACCAGUAUUUUGAGGCCAUAUUCAAGUAUCUGACGCAGGCCCUGAGCAAGCAGUCGGCAUGCGAUGAAGACUCCAUUCUCAGUAUAGUGAGUCUCGUCAUGGAGUAUGCAAAGGUAGCGAUGGAGGUGGAGAAAUGCUCGGCCUUCGGCAAGAAUAACAAGCAGUUGAUGAAGCUUCUGGAGGGCCACUGUGACUCCAAGAUGGCGAUGGGUCUGAAGGGCGGUCUCAAACUCCCGGAGAUAGCCAUUGGACUGCGCCUCGGCAAGUGUGGCGAGGACAUGCUGAAGAAACUUUUGAGUGUGUGCGGGCAUGUGGCGGCCCUGCCCAACCCAAACACUGUGCUCAUCCUUGGCCUGGUCACCACUAUCAGCUUACUUAACCAAUAUCUUCGUUCCAACCUCAAGCUGUCCUCGUACCUGGUGGAGCUUCUGGUGAAGAGGUGCAGGAUACCAAUAUCUGAGGACAUUAUCAAAAAGGUGUCAUGCGUCCUCAGCCAACAACUAUCAGGCUUUUAUGAGAUGGUGAGCAGCAGUCAGGAGGCAGAUGCUCUCUUCACCCACAUCCUUGCCUGGGCAGACACCACAAAGCCCUUCACUCUGAGUAACGUCACUGGGAAGCCGGACAGACUGGCGGCGCUCUACAACUUUGGUGCUCACUUUGGGAAUCUUGGCUCCCUGGCAUAUAGGAAAGGAAACUACAGCGCUGCAGCCAAGUUCCUGGAGUUCACGGUGGAUUUCUUUGACCAGUACUGCCUGCACGCCUCAGAGGAGCAGAAGCAAAACGCCUUGUCUAACCUGACCAAGAGGCUGCGGCUGUGGAGUGACGCCCUUCGCUACAGCAACCAGCACUGGGAGGCGGGCGUGGCGGCCAGCAGGGGCUUCCUCCGGGGGUGUCUCCCUGCCGAGGACCUAGUCAUAGCCUGGGUCAAGUGCAAGAGAGACGCAGAGAAGGUUGGCAGUAAGGCGCUCAGGGGCAAGACUGUGUGUGACGUGGUGAGUGAGGCGCGGCGGAAGCACCAGGAGGCCGAGGGUGUUGUCUAUGACCAGGCGGCGGCCCUGCUCAUGGAAAUACAGCACUACAGGCAACAGAGCUUCAACACGUCCGAGGAGCAGCUGUGUUGUGGGCGGGCACUGGCAGAAGGCAGGCACGGGGCAGUGAGCAGUGUGUGGGGGCUUCUGGCGGUAGCGGAGGCCCUGUGGACACACCCGGACCUGGCGGUGGAGGAGAGUGACGCCUCUUGUGCCGUCCAGCAGGCCAAGGAUCUGCUGCAGGAGGCCAGGGCUGGCGGCAGUGAUGAACCCGUGCUCCUUGAACUUGAGGCCCUGGCACACUUUUGGCACUACCUCUGCUACAUACAAACCAUGUACGCCAAGGCUGAUGCCGAGGUGAAGGAGUCCAAGAAGCCAAAUCCCCUCAAGCCGCAGGCGAAGGAGCUGGGCGAGGAGGAGCAGGUGCAUGAUGCCUGUGAUGUGCGGCCCACGGCUCUCCUCACCCUGCACACCCAGCACGCCUCCCUCGCCCCCCUCCAGGCUGCCCUUGAUAUUUGGGACACGUUUGUUAUGCAGGACCUGCCGUUGAAGAAUGCCGCCACGACCUGUGCCAGCCUGACUUCCGUGGGCUACAUCUACCACCUGUCGGGCCUGGUCACCCCCACCCUGCAGGCGUGGGGGCUCCUCAUUGCUCUGGCUCGCAAACACUCCCUCCAGAACUACCUCAUCAAGGGUAUAGUUGAGCUGCUGUUGACGGCGCCCGACUUGGUGGACUCAGGCCUGGUGGAAGAGCUGCAAGAGGUAGUUUCUUCAGUGUCAGCAGCCUCCUCACAGGACACCACACUGGCCUGCCUCACCCUCACUGCCUCUGCUGCCACUGCCCUACACUACUACAGGAUCGGAAAGUAUGAUGCUGGCGCCAGGUUGGUCGAGGAGGCCCUGAGGUCAGAGGUACUGACCAGACGUACCAUCAAGACCACGGAGGUGCAGACGCUGGUGCACUUAGUGGCCUCAAUGUAUGCCUGGCUCCCCCCCUGGCUGCUGCACUCCCAGCCAGCGCUCCCGGCACCCUGCUUCUCCCUGGCACUCCUUGCUUGCAGACAGGCCAGUGCUCUCUUCCAGACGGCACUCACGGACACUAACAAAGACAUCAUCUGCUGGCGGCAUAGAGUGGCCAGCCUGCUCCUCACCACCACGGCCUGGCUGGGCCACCUCAGCAUCACCACCGCCCAGCCCAGGACCGCCAGAGCCUUCCUGGAAAAGUCACUACAGUUUUCCCAGCGGCUCAUUCUUCCCCUUAGAAUUGCAGAGUUUCUGGAGCUAUUGGCACGAGUGGACAUGUUGUGUGACCAGCUGGAAGACUGCCGAGUGAAGGUGGACAACCUGGAGUCCCUUCUGACGACACACCCAUCAAGCCAGGAGGAAGUGGAUAACCUCAUGCCAGAAUUCACCAAACUGGCCAUCACCAAGCCAACCAAAGCCAGGAGCACAAAGGGCCCUGAGAUAUUCUGCGACCCUUUGCCGAGCGACGGGGAGAGGAUGCGGACGGAGAGCGGCGUGCAGGAGUUCAGUCUCAAGGACGUCCCCGCCAUGCUUCAGGUGGAGGCUGACUGGGCGUUCAACUCCUCUCCAUCAACGGAAUAUCGGGAAAAGAUUACCAUUGUCAGAUUCAUGCCGUGUUCCAGCGGAGGAGUGGAGUGUGCCCUCUGUGCCACCCCGAUCAUCCACCAGCUACGUAUCUCCACCUCGGUCCUCCUGGCUCUCCUCCAUGCCCAUGGAGAGCGCUUCCAAACGGCUCAAAAGUGUCUGGAGCAAGCACAGACCAUGUAUGCCGAGGCUGCAGAUAAGGCACAUGAAGUUGCCUCCCAUUUGGUCUCACUCCUCAAGAGAGACAUCAAGAAGUGUGUCAUAGAGCCGAGCAUGUUUGUUCUCUCACGACUAAACCUGAUACGCCUUCAGACCUUCCACGCCCGGGCUGAGUGUCUGGGGCUUGAGGGGAAGUGGGACAACGCUCUGAGUGCCAACCUGGAAUCUCUUCAAACUCUGGCCGCCCUCGAUACUCAGCUGCUAGUUCAAGACGUGCACUUCACCGCCCUCCUCGCCCUCCAAGGCCAGGACCUGGAGAAGAUACUGGCCAGGCGCACAAAGUCUCCACAAGACACUAACACAUCACUGGUUGUGGGGCAGCAACAAGACAAAAAUGACAUAUGCAGCAUAAUCGUCACCACCACCCCCAAGAUGAGCACGAGGAAGAAGGCUGGUCAGCACCUCCUCAACGCCCCCAAACCUGUACACAAGAAAAACCUCAUCUUCAACAUAUACAGCGACGAGGAGGAGGAUGGCUCAGAGGAAACAAAGCCUCACAGAUUCGCCACACCGUACAAGCCUAUCCCUCACACGCCCAGCAACAAGUUCUUCAAGUCGGAGCGCAAGAGGCCACCAAGCAGCAUAAAGAAGAAGAAAAACGCUGAGAAUAUGAAGGCUUUGGAUUCCCUUGAGGCGGACUGGGGUGGCGGCCUACCUUCCCUUGUGCUAAAAGUCCCUAGUGACCUUCCUCUGUCCCCUCUAAAUAGCACACCUCACUGCCCACCCCAGCCUGAUAGUGCCAAGCUGGGAUGCACAACCUCCCCACAAAGCACUAAAACAAUGGGCAAAACAGGGACUAGAACAACCAAAGCAACCAAAACAGGAACCACCAGAGGAAGAAGUGUCACCACCAACCUGUCACAGAGUACAGAAGAUGCCAAACCUCAGGAAGAUGCAGCGCCCCAGCGAGGGAGGGGCAGGCCGACCAAGGCAGCCUCAGCGUCAGCCUCCAAAGCCAAGUUAGUCAGUGAGCCAAAGAGCACCACCAGGACCCGAGCCUCCCGGUCCCUCCGCCUCAUGUAACAAAAGUGCUGUUAGGUCGCACGUUAUUUUUAUACUCUCUGAAUUUCUACCAAACUAUUUAUUAGUCAUUAUUUUUACUGUGUCAUAUCUCUGUGCUAUGGUUUAGAAUAUUACUCAUUUGCAGCGCCUUUGAGUUACCUCUGAUUCAGGUUUUUUUUCAAUAUAGAUCUUAUUUAUUGAUCGUAGAUUUAGAGUAUUAGAGAGGAAAUGUUUAACUUUUUAUCAUUUAUUUCUCAGCUCAAAGUUUCUGCAGCCUCCUCAUGCAUGACUAAACUUGCAAUUUCUGUUCUUAAUUUGUGCCAAGCCACCUCUCUCCUACCAAUGAAACUCACAAUAUUCAGGGACGUGAUAAAUGACACUUUUAUUGUUAUUGGAUUUUAGUAAAGUUUUUCCCAA